GGAGAAACACCUACAAGGGAUAGUUGAGGGUCAAAUCGGCUUCUCUUAUUCAUAUCUCACAGUCCGCCCUGUGUGUAUGAGGCAACGACUGAGAGACAGUGGAGACAGAGAGCAACACGAUGACAACCCAGCAGCAGGAGGGUGAGAAGCGCUAUGACCCCAAAGACACCACGCUCAAGUUCGUCACUAGACAGGAUGAUAUCACUCUGGAUGAUGACCCUGACUCCUUGAGGGCAGAGAUGUCCUGUGGUCAUGCAGUCACACCUCAGUCACUGACCGCAUGGUGCCGCAGCCUACUGGACCAGGGCCAGUAUAAGUUCAAGUGCCCUGCGCUUAAAGAUGGCACCUUGGUGAAAUGUUGUGAGGUGUGGGCUUACUCUGAGGUGCGUAGGCUGGCUGUUCUGACUGCAGAUGAGAUGCAGUACUUUGAGAAGAAAAUGGCCACCCUGGCUGCUACAGAAUACUGUGAAUACAAACAAUGCCCUGGGUGCAACACUUAUGUUGAGAGAGCAGAUCUAUCCAAUCUCAAUGUCCACUGCUCAGUGUGCACUGCAGACAAAGGCCAUAUCUAUGAGUUCUGCUGGCAGUGUCUGAAGCAGUGGAAAGGUCCCGGUCCCCGCUCUGACCGAUGCGACAAUGAUGCCUGCACUAAUAAGGAGCUGCAGCUGCUGAUGAAUUGCCCCACCACUUCUCUGCCCCAGGUGGAGGGGGUCACCACAUGCCCCUCCAUUCGAGCCUGUCCCACGUGUGGCCAGAUGGUGGAGCAUGAUACAACCGGCUGCAAAAACAUAUUCUGCACUCGCUGUAAUGUAGAGUUCUGCUUUGUGUGCCUUAAGCUCACGCCUGAGUGCCUGGAUACCAGUGAAUAUUACAUAGCCUGCUCUGCUGGUGUAGCUCCUCGGCAGACCUCUAUACCCACAUGGGAUAGAAGCUAAGAGAAGAGAUACCUAUGAUAGCAGCCAGUCACAGUGGAAUGCUUAUCAUCCUUAUUUCCUGUAUCUACUUAUGUCAAGAUGAUGGCUUCCCUAGAUAUUGUAUACGUUUCAUGGGAAUUAGCCCUGCUUUAUGUUAUAAUAUAAUCAUGAAUUAUUUUCCAACUUUUUAAACUCAACUGAAUUCAAUAAAAUUCAAUAAAUCUUUAUUGUUCCCGAAUUA